CAAUGGCGGGGUUAUCCCGCCUGGCGGAAGCUACCUUUCCAACAUGGCGGGCGAGACUGACGGACCGUUCAAAGGGGUGCUGGUACCAAUUCUUUUACCUGAGAAAUGCUAUGAUCAAUUCUUCGUCCACUGGGACUUGCUUCAUGUUCCCUGCCUCAAGAUUCUCCUCAGCAAAGGCCUUGGGCUGGGCAUCGUGGCUGGGUCACUUCUUGUAAAGCUGCCCCAGAUAUUUAAACUCUUGGGAGCCAAGAGUGCAGAAGGACUGAGUCUCCAGUCAGUAAUGCUGGAGCUAGUGGCACUGACUGGAACUAUGGUCUACAGCAUCACCAACAACUUCCCCUUCAGCUCUUGGGGUGAAGCACUGUUCCUGACACUACAGACGGUUACCAUCUGCUUCCUGGUCAUGCACUACAGAGGAGAGACCGUGAAAGGAGUCGCUUUCCUUGCCUGCUUUGCCGUGGUCCUGUUGGCGCUGCUUUCCCCACUCAUGCCUCUGGCUGUGCCCACCCUGCUCCAGGCCUCCAAUGUACCUGCUGUGGUGGUGGGGAAGUUGCUCCAGGCAGCCACUAACUACCACAACGGACACACAGGCCAGCUUUCAGCCAUUACAGUGUUUAUGCUGUUUGGGGGCUCCUUGGCCCGGAUCUUCACUUCUGUUCAGGAAACUGGAGAUCCCCUCAUGGCUGGAGUCUUUGUGGUCUCUUCUCUCUGCAAUGGCCUCAUUGCUGCCCAGGUCCUCUUCUACUGGAAUGCGAAGGCUCCCCACAAGCAGAAAAAGCAGCAGUAGAGCUAGCUUCUAGAAUAAUUCCACCUCCAUCCAUCCACUCAACUUCAGAGUCCUCCCACAUGACCCGAUCUGCUGGUGCAACUUAAUCACCCUCCAUCCCACUGUAUUUGCCGCCUCCUGAGCCUGGGCGGUAGGAAUAGUAAAGCCCUGCCCUCAUUCACUUCACCAGUUGCCUGGGAUCCCUCCUUUUAAGCAGCUGUUUUCUCACGGGAGCAGGUGAUUUUGCCCUGUCCACCUUCCUUUUGGACCAAGGACAGAGUUGGGAAAUGUGGUUGGAAGCUAGUGACUGCUUCCCUCUGCUGCCCGAGUGGGUCGAUCUAUUGGACCCCAGUUCUGGAGGUGGGGGAGGGGGAGAAUGACUCAGAUAAGGCCUCAAGGCUGGGCGAGGAGGGUCCUGCUGUGGCAGGUCCUGGCGGAAGGGUGUGUGGAGAAGGCACUGGUUGCCACUGUAGGGAGAGAAUACAGAUAGGACAAUAAAAGACUCAAACAUGCUUUAAUUAUA